AUGGAUCUUUUCCGAAGAUCUUCCAAACCCUCAAGACUUGGCUCUUCAGAAGAAGCAAAACAAACUCCAAAAAAAACUCAAGUCCGGCAGAUACGCCGUCAUGCAGUAGCAGCAGCAGCAGCAGCGGUUAUGGCAGCAGCAGCUGCUGCAGCAGCUGCUGCGCGCGACCGUGGCCGGGAAGCAGCCGCUGCUGCUCAGGCAGCAGCAGGGGCUCGUGCAGCAGCAGCAGCAGCAGCAGCAGCAGCAGCAGCAGCAGCAGCAGCAGCAGCAUGA